CAUGGCCACACUCCACAAGGAAAGUGUUCAGCGAUUUUUGGGCCUCACGAGGCUUCACAUACUCUUCCACUUGGUGGCAGUGCUGUUCCUCUUUUACUACCGCAUAACGCAACUCUUAUCUAAACCAACCGUCGCAUGUCUUCUCAUGACCAUAGCCGAGCUCCUUUUCACGGAGACCUGGUUCUUCAGCCAAGCCUUCCGGUGGCGCCGCCUGUCGCGGGAGGUCAUGCCGGAGAACUUGCCAAGGGACCAAAAACUGCCGGGCCUUGACAUCUUUGUGUGCACGCUUGACCCUAAAAAGGAGCCAACCGUGGAGGUGAUGGACACGGUUGUUUCCGCCAUGGCCAUGGACUAUCCCGCUGAUAAGCUGGCCGUGUAUCUUUCGGACGACGGUGGGUGUCCGGUGACGCUGUAUGCCAUGAAAGAGGCUUCUGAGUUCGCUAAGGAGUGGCUUCCUUUCUGCACAAAGUAUCGGGUCAAGUCCAGGUGUCCCAAGGUCUUCUUCUCUCCCAUGGGGGAGGAUGAACACCUUCAUCACGAUGAUGGAUUCCGGACAGAGAAAGAGCAGCUCAAGGAAAAAUACAAUAAAAUGCAAAAGAAUAUUGAAAAAUUUGGCAGCGACCCUAAAAAUUGCUCUAUUGUGUUUGACAGACCAAGUCGCAUAGAGAUUAUAAAUGACCAACCGGAAAUGCCACUGGUUGUUUACGUGUCUCGUGAGAGAAGGCCAACUGUUUCACAUAGAUAUAAAGGAGGAGCCCUCAACACAUUGCUGAGAGUCUCGGGGCUAUUCAGUAACGGCCCUUAUGUACUUGUAGUUGAUUGUGAUAUGUAUUGCAAUGAUGCAUCCUCAGCUAAACAAGCCAUGUGCUUUUUCCUUGAUCCUGAAACCUCCAAAGAUGUUGCGUUUGUCCAAUUCCCUCAAAUGUUUCACAACCUUAGCAAGAAAGACAUCUAUGAUAGUCAAACUAGGCAUGCUUUUACGACAAUGUGGCAAGGAAUGGAUGGACUAAGAGGUCCUGGUCUUGCUGGUAGUGGCAAUUAUUUGCGUAGAAGUGCAUUACUCUUUGAAAGCCCAAAUCAAAAUGAUAGCUAUGAACGUAACGCCCAAAACAAAUUUGGCAAGUCUACCAUGUACAUUGAAUCAUUAAAAGCCAUCCAUGGACAACAAACUGCCAAAAAGAACAUUCCAAGAAACGUGAUUUUACAAGAAGCUCGAGCAGUGGCCUCUUGUUCCUAUGAAAUAGACACAAAUUGGGGUAGUGAGGUAGGGUUCUCAUAUGCUAUACUAAUAGAGAGUUCAGUUACUGGCUAUCUUCUCCACUGCAGAGGAUGGAGAUCAACUUACCUUUACCCCAAAAGACCCUGUUUCUUGGGAUGUGCCCCCACUGACUUAAAGGAGGGCAUGCUUCAGUUGGUGAAAUGGUCAUCUGAAUUUUGCUUGCUUGGUCUAUCUAAAUACAGCCCUUUCACUUAUGGCAUUUCAAGAUUGCCUAUUAUGCAUGCCUUUACCUUUUGCUACUUGACAUCCACAACUCAUUAUGCUAUUCCCUUAAUAGUAUAUGGCAUCAUUCCUCAAGUAUGCUUCUUCAAAGGAAUUCCUGUUUUUCCAAUGGUUACAGAACCAUGGUUUAUAGUAUUUGCAAUAUUAUAUGUAUCCUUUCAAAGCCAGCAUUUGGUUGAGGUCCUUUAUGACGGUUGCUCCUUGCCAAUGUGGUGGGAUGAACAAAGAAUUUGGAUUAUAAGGUCACUAAUUGUAAGCAUAUUUGCACCUAUAGCAGCAAUGAAGAAAAUAUUUGGGUUGAACAAGGCGAAAUUCACUUUAUCAAACAAAGCUAUUGACAAAGAGAAUUUAAAAAAAUAUGAGAAGGGUAAGUUCAAUUUCGAAGGUGCAGCUGUGUUCAUGACUCCGUUGGCUGUAUUACUCAUAGUGAACAUUGUUUGCUUCUUUGGUGGUUUAUGGAGACUGCACAAUGUGAAAGAUUUUGAAAAGAUGUUUGGUCAACUUUUUUUACUUGGCUAUCUGGUGGCUCUCAGUUACCCCAUUUUUGAGGGGAUAAUAACUAUGAAAAGCAAGGGUGGGUAGUUGCUUUUCAAUGACUAGACUCAUUUAGGUAUUUGAAAAUUUUUCACAAAUAAUAUCUAAAGUGCAGCAUGUAUCUUAAUAUGUAACAGUUAUACUCCAUAUAUUGAAGUUACAUGAAUCCGUCUUUAUUAAUUCUA